AUGAGCGUUGUGCCACCAUCUUCCUCGCGAUGCCGUCCAUCCACGACCCGGCCCUGCUUGACGGCAUUAGAGCGUGAGGUGGGAAUGGCGCAUCUUUCCCACAUGGAGCGCCUCGCACGUAUCCGCCUGAGCUCCUCCAAAGGAAUUCAAGACGCCGCCGAUGUGGACUUUGCGAAGGAGCAUUCCAAAGAAGCCUUAGGGAGAUCGGAACCUCUCGGAGGAAGUAGCAGCCGCUACAUGCGUUUACUUAAGGCAAAUGAAAAGGUCUUAUACAAAAAGAAUCAAAUCAUACUAAACAAUCUUAUCGAGACCACUGACUCUGUGCGCCGUGCGCAGCAAAUGUAUAGAAGCCCUGAAGAGGAAAAUGUUCUAUGCAGACUUAAAGCAGAGCAGGCAAGGCGAAGGAUGUUUCAACGCCGAAGGGAUGCUGAGUCCGUCCAACAUGCGAACCAAAUUGUUUUAAGGCAUUUAAUCGAAGUAAAGCCUAAUGUCCUCACUACCAAAUCAUUGAAUGAGUGGUAUCGGAAUGUUCAUACGAAGCGGGUGGCAAAAAUUAGCCGUUUUAAACCUGCGGAGCCUUUUGCAGGUGCGCGGAUCCUGGAGAGCGAGUGCGGUGUGCGAUUAGGGAGCAGCUACCCUCACGAGACGGAUAAGCUCGACCAGGACUAUCAAACGAAGCAGGGCCCGUGGGAGGCGGAUCCAACGUGCUUGGUGCGGAUGCCCCUGCUACGAGGACACCCUUUCCCACCCCCGAGUAUUGGGGAGCUGAUGAGGACGGUACCCCGUGCGCUGCUACCACCGCUGAUGUCAACUUCCUAUGACGGCUUUAUCAUCAACGAGAACCCAAAUAUUCCGGUUGCGGAGGCGGUGGAAUGGGCGGCGUCUGGGCGUUCUGGGCGAGUCAGAUCCCCGUCCUCGAGGUCCCCUGCGCGGCGGGUGCGGCAUCCGCCCUGGCAAAACCUCUCCGCCUCGGAUAUCCCGAUGUUCCAUUACGUGCAGGACGCCGCGGAUCGCGGAGAGGCCUCUCGUCCACUCGUUCACCCCCUCGAGGAGGGCGGCUGCACACGACUUUGGCGUCGCGCGGUGCGGCGGGGGACGGCCUCUUCCAAGCCGAAGCCGGCCGCCCCCGAUGGGAUACAGGGAGGAGGAGGAGGGGGGGGAAGAAGGAGCUUCUUGGAGAGUCGUGGGGAGACCCAGCCCGAUCGCGUACGGGUACGACGCCUGCGAGGGUCCCCGGGGAUGACGGCUUCGGGGUUGACGGAGGCCCCGGCGGAUGGAGGGGAAGGGGCCACGGCGGCGGCGGCCCCGCCCUCGAAGACGUCGCAUCUAGCCGACUGGGCUGCCGAAACACCGGCCCUGUCUGGGGGUAGCUAUCCUGCCGAGCACGAAGGCUCUCCGCAGCCAAUUUCUACCCCUCCCCACAAAGCUGGCAUGCGAUACGACACCCAACGGAAUGAGUUGUGGGUAAAUGAGAAGGAGACGGCAUCGACGGAAUUGCCGCAGCAACCAGCGGAGGACUUUUCGUCUGAUAUACCAUACUAUGCCUUGCUGAAUGAGUGGUCGGAUGCGUCGAAGCGUGGGGUUGGGAGGGCCUUUAUUGCGCUAUAA